AUGCAUAGUGUAGUACACGCCAAUAAGCCUCUACACCUGCUAUAUCGAGAUGAGCCCAGCAAAAUUGGCGCAUCGCUGAAUGGCGCCGGUGGCACUGGCACUGUCCAUGUCGGAACAUUCACGAGCGACAUGCUAUAUUUGCUACCGGCAGAGCGGAAAUACGGCCAUUGA